AUGUCAGUCCUUGCGCCUAUUAUCUGCGACAAUGGAACUGGAUACUCGAAGAUAGGCUUCGCAGGAAAUUCCGAUCCAUCAUACGUUUUCCCCACCGCAAUUGCUACACGUGGACCUGCUUCUCAACCUACUCGUGGUGGUCCUCCAAUUCCUUCGAAACCUGGGAAUGUCGCAUCGAAACGCGGUGUUGAAGACCUCGACUUCUUCAUUGGAGACGAAGCCCUUGCCAAUGCGAAGACACCUGGUUAUGGGGUUCACUAUCCCAUUCGCCAUGGCAUGAUCGACAACUGGGAUCACAUGGAACGAUACUGGGAGCAAACGAUAUUCAAGUAUCUACGGGCUGAACCAGAAGAUCAUUACUUCCUUUUGACUGAGCCUCCGCUUAACCCUCCAGAAAACAGAGAGCAGACGGCCGAAAUCUUCUUUGAGUCCUUCAAUAUCAAGGGUCUCUACAUCGCUGUACAAGCUGUGCUCGCCCUUGCCGCAUCCUGGACAUCCAACCGUGCCACAGACAGGACACUCACCGGCACCGUCAUCGACUCGGGAGACGGUGUCACGCACGUCAUCCCUUGCGCGGAAGGGUACGUCAUUGGAAGUGCCAUUAAACACAUCCCCAUCGCUGGUCGUGACAUAUCACAAUUCGUGCUCAACUUAUUGCGUGAACGUGGUGAAAUGGCUGCCGUUCCACCAGAAGAUCAGCUGCGGGUCGCUAGCAGAGUGAAGGAAAACUACAGUUACGCGUGCCAGGAUAUCGUCAAAGAGUUUCGGAAAUACGACGCGGAACCCUACAAAUACUUUGAGAGAUAUGAGGGUGAGCAUAGCGUCACCGGCAGAAAAUAUUCUAUUGAUGUGGGCUAUGAACGCUUCUUGGCUCCGGAGAUAUUCUUCAACCCGGAGAUAUACUCUUCCGACUUCCUCACACCUCUCCCAGAAAUUGUCGACGAUGUUAUCAAAGCCUCUCCGAUCGAUGUCCGCCGCGGCUUGUACAAGAAUAUAGUUCUCUCUGGAGGUUCUACCAUGUUCCAGCACUUCGGCCAGCGUCUCAAGAGAGACCUAAAGCAGCUGGUUGAUCGCAGACUCGAGGCUAGCGUCGUUUCAAGUGGCAGCACUACCAAGUCAUCUGGUGUGGAUGUAGAUGUAAUUUCGCACAAGCGCCAGCGAUAUGCCGUAUGGUUUGGUGGCUCCUUGCUUGCAUCACUGCCCGAGUUCUAUACGUCUUGCCAUACAAAAGCGCAGUACGACGAAAUCGGCCCGAGCAUUUGCAGACGGUAUCAAAUAUUCGGUAGUGCUACAUAG